GAGGAGGCCCGUUCUAUUCACUCUAUUUCUAUGGGCUACACACCAUCAUAAACACAGGAGGAGUUUGGCUCGACACAGGCAUGCUCUGGUCUCCACAGCAUGGGGAAGGAGACUUGGAUAAGGCAGGAAUGAGAGAAGGUCUUACCUCCCUUGAAAUUGUAGUGCUUUACUGGAAGGUCCUUAGUCGGCAGGGGAAUGCACAGAGAGACAAAGACGGUAGGAGAGUUAGGAGGAGUGGAGAUGUCAAUGUGACACAGUGGAGAAAAGAAAGUGACGCAGCAGAACAUUACUGGGUGAGCUUCCAUGAAGAGGAGAAUGUAAGUCUUUAAGAGGCAACAGUAAAUGAACACAGUUAAUUGAAUCAGUGAUUCAUUCAAAUGUGAAAUAUGUGAGAGAGGAAUAUGAAAGAGAGAGGAAAAAGAGAAACUUUAGCCAAACAAAAAGUCAAGGAGUGAACAGUCACCCAGAGUCCCUAGAUAGGUCCUUCAACAGUAUCUCAUCAUGGUGAACCUGGACCUGAGGUCUCUCACCCUGCCGGUGGGCAUCAUCCGUAUGUUGGAGGUGGUCCUCACCUGUGUCUCCUUCAGUCUGGUGGCCUCGGCAGGCCAUGUGCUCUCCACACACUGGGACUGGUGCAUGUUCACCUGGUGCUUCUGCUGCUUCUUCUCCCUCUUCAUCCUCAUCAUGGAGUUCACCCGCUUCAGUGCCAAGGUGCCCAUCUCCUGGGAUGACUUCACCACGGCCUUCGCCGUGCUGGCCGCACUAAUGUGUUUCACCUCCUCCGUCAUCUACCCCACCUUCUUCACCUGCCCCACCUGCUACCGCCAGAUUGCCGCCACCGUCAGCUCCCUACUCUGUUUCGGAGUGUACGUCGGCGAGGUGGUGUUGGCCCGCCUCCGGCCCGGUGGUGAGAUCAGUGGCUUCCUGUCCACUGUCCCGGGCCUCCUGAAGAUCCUGGAAACUGUGCUGGCCUGUAUUAUCUUUACGUCGCUGGAUCCGGCAAGGUUUCUGUUUCAUCCGGGACUGCAGUGGUGCGUGGCGGUUUAUUCCCUCUGCUUCAUCUUCGCACUCGUCAUCAUCUUCCUCACCGUCGGUCAGCUGCUGUCGCUCUUCCCCUUCUCGUUUGACAAACUGCUCACGGUCUAUAAUAUUCUGGCCACCAUGAUGUACAUGACUGCCACGGUCAUCUGGCCGCUGUAUAGUUUCGAGAACAACCCCCGGCCCGUUCCGUGUUCCCCCUGUCCCUGGGACAAUCUGGUUGUGGUGACGUUCAUGACCGUGAUCAACCUGGUGAUCUAUAUUUUGGAUACGAUCUACUCGAUAAAGGUGGUCUUCUUCACAUUGGAUGAGGAAUAGGCCAGAUUCUCAGGAACCUUGACUCCAACUUUUCCAGAACCGGUCAAUGACUGACACACUAUCAUAUUGCAUGGAGAAAAUACUGUUUACUGAAUAAGAAACUCCAGCACGCUGGUAAUCUUGAUUCUCCACAUAUGGUUGAAAAGAUCCAUUUCAUUUCUAGAGAAUGAAGAGUUUAUUUUCAAAUCAAUGACUGAGAGCUUGGAAGAAGAACAUUUGCAGAACGUUGGCAGAACAUUUGCUGAUGUCUUUUGCCUCAGACAUGUGGAAGAUAUUUAGUUAUUCCUAUAACACUGUAAAUGAACUCUUAUUGCAGAUGAGGAUUCUACAGGCAAGGACACACUGUUUAUCACUUGUAGCUAUUAAAGUGUGCAGUAGGAAGCUGAGUUAAUGAUUGAUCGUAUCGAUUUCAUAGAAAUUAAAAAUACAGAACUUUGGAUCCUGAUGCAAAUACAAUAUGAAUGUCUAAUCUGGCAACAUGGUAUGUAUAACCUAAAACCUAGUUCCUUUGGGCCAAAGGCACUAGCAGCAAUAUAGAUUCUGCCAAUUGCAAAGGAUUUGUGAUCUUAUAUUCAUGUUGACCACUUCUUUCUUGGUUGUUAGACAUGUUCUCUUGUUGUACUGCUAGUUGGCUCACUAACUGCCAGAUAGUUGAUUACCUGCUGAAGUGCUAUGUGGACUGCACACUAUAAACAAAUGGUUCUACAGUAUAUAGUGCCAAAUAAUAGUAAUUUGGCUCAUAAUGAUAGUGUAUCCUAUUUUGGUACUAUAUAGAACCCUUUUUUGAAGGUAUAUUUAUAUACCUAGGUAUAUAUUUAUUCUGGUUAGACAUAUACUGUUAAAAUUCCAUAGGUGUCGUUGAAUCAGGUGUGAUAGCUCUGGAACAGCUGGGGGGCUCUGAGGAGAGAAUUGAGAACUGCUGGUUUAGGUAUUUUUAAAAGACUGGAGUUGGAAGGGGACUCAACUCAAGAACUGAUCUUUCAUUAUGAUGUUGACCUUUUCUUACAAGCCCAUAGAAUAGGGAGAGGUAAUCAGAUAAAGUUUGUGUACAGGACAGGGGACCUUCUCCAUUGAAGUGUACCAUCUUUCAGAUGCAGACAUAGGGUGCAUUCAAAAUGUUCAGUAGUGCACUAUAUAGGGAAUAGGGUGCCAUUUCGGAAGCAUCCAUAGACAUUUCAUUCUGUCUGCUUUUGAAUGGGCUUGACGAUUAUAUCCUCAAAUUCAUGAAAACACAGUCAUGUAAGAUAUAUAAAAACUGAUAUUCGUGUUUGUGGAUUAAUUUACUUCUGCUAGAUGCCUUUCAUUAACCUCUAUGGGAUCGGUGACCCACCCUCAGGACGGUUGAGCUAACGUGCGCUAAUGUGAUUAGCAUGACAUUGUAAGUAACAAGAACAUUUCCCAGGACAUAGACAUAUCUUAUAUGGGCUGAAAGCUU